GUUCGUGCUGUCAAGCCAAUUCGUCGUGUCGCAAACAUUCUCGGAAUAAUUAUUAUCCUUAGUGUUUUCGUUUUGUCUGAUCCAUGAAAUAAAAUCGGGAAAAAUGCUUUGUCGUAUGUGUUUGCUAGAGUCAGAGAACACGCUCUGUAUUUUCGAACAGGACUCGGUUCGAUUCCAAGUGGCACCAACAAUAGGUCGGCAUUUUUGGUUCGAGCCUAAGAAGGACGAUCCUAUUUCGAUCAUGAUUUGUAUUAGUUGCUGGUCGCGAAUUGAGGACUUCCACACGUACUAUCUGAGUGUGGAAGAGGCUCAGCGUCUGUUGGCAGAACAUACCAGAGUGAAGGAGGAGACGGAACAAAUUGAGUUGCUGAAAAGGGAAUAUGGCGAUGAGGAUAUCGAUAAAAAGGACGUUAAGAUGAUGAGUGAAACAGAUAAGCAAUUGUUUAUUGAGAGGACAACAGACGCGAAGGGUCCUGUUUUUGUAGAUGUCGGUGACGAGGAUGAUGCAGUGGACCCUAUUGAUAACGAAGGAUUCGCGGGGGACGGAACUUUCGGGGAAUCAGAUGAUGAUCGGGAUGUGGAUUACGUUAACGACGAGGACUCUUGUUCUUCUGAUGAAGAACCACUGGCAAAGAAGGUCGUUCGAAAAAGCUUGAAUUUAGACAACGAUGAAAAACCAAGACGAGGACGAAAGAAGGGCAGUAAAAAUAAGCCGAAAGUUGAACUACAUGGAAGCGACGUCAAAGUUGAAGUUGAAUUAGAGAUUCCUGAGACAACAUUGGAUAUAAAGACAAUUAAAACUGAGAAAGAUAUGGAGAAUUCGAUAAAAAUUGAAAUAUUAAACGAUAACGAUCAACUGGAGAAAGGAGACGAACCACCAAAAAAGAAGCGUGGUAGAAAGAAAAAGUCUGAAAUGACCGAGGAGCCUGUGCGUAUUGUAAAAAGACCGGGAGAAUCUGAAUAUCGUAAGAAAAAUAAGGAGUAUGACGAUGAGAUAGCACAAUUUUUGCGACUUAGAUGUGAACUCUGCUUGACUGAUUGCGAUACAUUCGCCGACAUUAAAAGACAUUAUCGCACCUCUCAUAACAGGAGAGGCUAUGUAACUUGUUGCACAACGAGGAAAUUUUACAAGCGUGUUUUUCUCUACGAACACAUACAAAAGCAUAAAAAUCCGGACACAUUCAAGUGUCAGUUUUGUGAAAAGGUUUAUUGCAGUGCGUCAGUGUUGCGAAGCCACCUGUUGACCCAUGAUGCUUCCUUUGAGAAAUUAUAUCAAUGCGAUAAAUGCCCGCGACGCUUCGCAAAACUUUCGGUCCUGAAUCAUCACAAAAUAAUUCACAUCCCAAAAGAAGAACAUUCAUUUUCUUGCGAUAUUUGUGGCAAAUCAUUUCCCUCAAAGAACACAAUGCAGACCCACAGGAAGUCGGUUCAUGAAAAGGCAUACUCGAAAAUGUGUCAUAUUUGCGCUAAGGUUAUCAACGGCAAAACACUCUUCACAAAACAUCAGCUUGAACAUAUUGGCAUUGUCGAUCCGAAAAUGCAGUGCGAAAAGUGUGGCAUGUGGCUUAAGAAUGCAUUCCGGUUGAAAAUUCAUACGAAAAAACACCAUAGCGAGGAGAAUACGGGCGAGCACGUGUGCAACAUUUGCGGCAAAGUGUCUACCUCUAGUGUCGGUUUGAAAAGCCAUAUUCGCUACGUACAUGCAGCACAGCGUAAAUUCUUAUGUAGUGUUUGUGAGAAAGGAUUCAAGACGGCUUUGAAUUUGAAGGAACACAUGACAACACAUACAGGUGAUAUCCUGUAUACAUGCCCGCAUUGCCCGAAAACAUUCAAUUCGAGUGCAAAUAUGCAUUCGCAUAGAAAGAAAAUGCAUCGACAGGAGUGGGAAGAGAGCAGAAGAAGCCGUGGUCUUCCAGUCAAUACAAAGGGGAAAAGAGUUAUACAAAAUAUACAAACUGAGGACAGCACCGAACAAGAAGAAAUACAAACAAUGCCGGUAAUGACUGUAAUUGAAACGACGUCUUCGGACAAUUACAAAUUUUUGGCUUCUUCCGAUAUGAAUGGAAGACUGGAUAGUUUAUUACCUAAAGACGACGAUCCAAUCUCGAAUAUUGUCUGCAAUUCAUGCUGGUGGAAAAUAGAGUCCUUUCAUAUUUAUUACCUAAGUAUAGAGGAGGCUCAUCGUAAACUUUCUGAAAGAUUUUCGGUGAAACAGGAGGAUUCGUACCACCAUCGUCACGCAGAUGCCGGGAUUCAGGUAUACUUCAAGCUGGAGGAGGAUAAUUCAGUCGAGGACAGCUAUGAAAACUGCGUGGAGGGGAGUGAAAUUACGGUCAUCGAAACGGCGGAAGACAUGGCCGGGCAGGACACUACCUUUGACGAGGAAGAAAACAAUUUCAAUGAGUUGGUGGAGGCGAGCGCCGUUGAAAGUGAACAGGUGGAGGAAGUAUUAGAAUCAUCCAAAGAAGAAGUAAGCAUUCAAAUUCAAACAUGCUCAGAAGAAGCAGCCACACGACGGUCAAAAUAUUUAGAGGCUCAAAAAAAUUUAGAGGAAUUUAUCAAAAUUGAAACGGUGGAAAAUGCUUUGGUCAAUGACGAUGGAGAUGGUGAUAGUGACGAUGCUCCGCUCAUAAGACACAAACGGAAACGAAGGAAAACUGGGCAUGCCCUGUCGGCAUCUGAUGAAAAUUCUAAGUCUAAAACGUCGAAAUCUACUUCAAAUGAGUACUUAUUGAAGUCGAAAGAAGAUGACCUGAAAAUCGCCAAACAUAUGAAGCUGAAAUGUGAUCUUUGUGAAAGUGAUUAUCCAACCUUUGCCGAAGUGAAACGACAUUAUCGGAAUGUACAUAAGAGGAAAGGAUAUGUUGUGUGCUGCAAUAAGAAAUUAUAUAAAAGGGUGCUUAUUUUGGACCACGUGAAUAAGCAUUUGAAUCCGGAUUAUUUCAAGUGUAACGAAUGCAACAAAGUGUUUGCUGAUAAGCAAUGUUUGAAAAACCAUAUGAUCCGGCAUGAGUCAGAUGAUGCAAAACUGUUCCGGUGCGAGCACUGUCCGCGGCGAUUCCCAAAACAAUAUUUGCUAGAUCAACACAAAUUCAUACAUACACCACAAGAAGAGCGCCAGUAUUUUUGUGAAGACUGCGGGAAAGCCUUCCCAACAAAUAACUUGCUACAAACGCAUCGACGAUAUGUUCACGAAAAUGCCUAUGGACAAAUGUGCCAUAUAUGUGCCAAAGUAAUUCGCGGAAAGAGGCUUUUUGCGAAACAUCAGCUAGAACACGCGGGUGUAACAGAGCCAAGGGUGCAGUGCGAGAUCUGUGGAGCUUGGCUCAAACAUCAACAUAGUCUGAAAAAACACUUAAUGCGCCACGAGGAGGCACAAAAUCAACAUAUUUGUACUAUGUGCGGCAAGGUGGCACCAUCCAAAGGGGCUUUACGUAGUCAUAUUCAUUAUGUGCAUGCAUCUGCACGUUCAUUUAAAUGUAGCGUAUGUGACAAAGGAUUCAAGAAGGCUAUUGUUUUGAAGGAACAUAUGACAACUCACACGGGGGAGGUACUAUAUACGUGCCCGCAUUGUCCGAAAACAUUCAAUUCACAUGCAAAUAUGCAUGCGCAUAGGAAAAAGGUACAUCGGAAGGAGUGGGAAGAAAGGCGUAAGAAUCGUGGUUGCCCUACCGAAAACCUAAACACCGCCAAUGAUUCUUCAGAAAACGGAAAUAAUAUUAGUGAAAUUUGUGAAAAUAGCUUAGAAAACUUGCCCGAAAACAGUAUAAAUGUUGUUUUGUAUGAAACGGUUUCGUAGUGUAUUAAGAGAAUAGUUUAAUAAAGAUGUUUUUAUUUAUGAA